AGUGCAGUCUUCUGUGUCGUUCAUCUCCUGCAAGCCGUAGAGUAGACUGACUGUCAGACACAGCACAGAGAAGCCUGAUUGAGCUGGUCCUUCCUUCGUCUUACUGCUUGCUUGUUGCACGACACGAACCGCCGCCGCCCCUUGAUGCAUCGUGCCUGCCUCACCACGUCGGACACAGCUGUCACCUGAAGGAUACGUACUGCGCACUCAUUCGCCUGCGACACCGGACAUGUGUGUGUCAUAUCAGCCUAUUUGCCCUGCAGAGGAAACACCGCCUCCUGGGUUCCCGAGUCUGGUGGUCCUUUGUCCCAUGGUCCACGGUCCACGGUCCAUACCUACUAUACUCCGUACCUACGAGUACGACCCCGCUGCAGCAGACAGACAGACAGACCAGACCUAUCGACUUUCUUUGGGCCUCAGAGAAGCGGUCUGCAAACAUGAAGUUCAAUUGCAUGCGAAUCGGCCAUGCCAUGUUUGUCCACCUCAUCAGCAUCCGGAGUACUGCCCCAACAAAGUCGGACAAAUCAACGCUCACCGUCGGUCCAAUAAAUGCAGGCAACAUCGAUACCAGCAAGGCAACCCGCCCGGAGCAUCGCAUCCACGCGGGGAGGAUGGUAGCGGGAUUAACAGAAGACUUGUUUCUGCUUCUGGCCGCCUUGAUGAGUUGGCAUAUGCAUGACCUUUUGGGGGGGGCUCUCGUCUUACAGGCUCGACCACCCAAUGCGCGCCCUCAUCGAGACCUGAAGACAUGAAGACUUGAGAAAUAUUGGAUGGG